GGUCAUAUACAUAUGGAACUUGACCAAGGUGGUUAACCAAGGGAAAUUAGUUGAAAACGAAUUGUGGAUUUUGAUAAUUUUUGGUAUACUCUUUAAAUGGCUUGGAUCUCGGAAAAUAAAUGUUUGCAGAAAGCAUCGGACAUCAUCAAUGGGCUGGAUUCUUCCAAGUUCCCAUUGCUUCUGAACAGAAUAACUCAAACGAUGCAGCAAGGUGAUGACCAAACCAAAGUUUUCACAGCUGCAGAGAUGGAGAAGUUGCAGACAUCACUGCUGCUGGAAGAACGAGAUGUGGGUCUGUUGCUGGACUCCAUCACACUCAUAUUGGAGAAGGCUGCAUGUCACAUGACCAAGCCUGGAGCCCUGCAGCAGCAACUGGUUCAGGAACUGUCGCUGAACGUGGACAAGGCAGAGUCACUGGCCAGCUCGUGGGCGGCAGCCGCCCGCCCCAUCGUGGACCGCCUGCGACGCAUGUCUAUCUUCCCCAUGCGGCUAGAUGACGUCCACUGGAAGUUAAACCUGCAAACGGCAUCAUCAGCACACGGCAGGGAGAAAACACCGAAGGCUGUUCUCCAGUUUGAACUGAAGUGUGCCCAAGAUGGAGUUGUAUCUGAUGAGGACUUAAGCAUGGAGUUUGAUCACGAAGAGCUGUACAGGUUCUACAAUCAGUUGGAAAGGAUACAGACACAGCUGGAUGCUCUGCGCUAGCAUUGGUUGGUCAUCAGCAAAUCAGUGUGUCACGACAAAUGCUAAGCUAUGAAACCUGUAAGUUUACUGCCCUGAGACUAAUUGUUAUAAAAAAAAGAGAUUUAGUGAUUGCCACUAAGUGUUUUAUUUACAAUGACCCGGCCGAAGCCAAUUGCAUUUAACAUUUUCUAUGAUUUUACAAAGGUGCAAGAAAAUGUGUUGCAAGAUAGAGUCAAGGCUAAAGUGUAGUCAUCUCUUGAUUAUGAACCGGCCCUGUACCUCAAACCCAACAAUCAUAUCUUUUGCGUAAAGUUUAUGUUCAACCGGCACUAGCACCAAAACGACCCACUGUAUUUAAAUGUACAAGCUGUAGUCUCCGUUGUAGAUGGGUUACAUGUCCGUUUGUCACAAAACAUUCUAAUGUACUAAGCACCAAUGGUUGUGUUAUAUAUAGAGUCAAGAUUUUGUGGUGUUAUUUUAAGACAAAUUUCGGUGUAAAGAAAUAAAGAUUUCGGUGUUA